UUGAUAUUUGAUGCUGAUGAGAGAUGGGUGGAUUGAUUGAUUUGAGAUCAGAGAAGCUAAUUAGGGUUAGGUUUUGAGUCGAACCCUCCAUGGAGGAUACUACUGAUGAAGAUUUUUUCGAUAAAUUGGUCGAUGAUGUCGAUGUUGAUGUACCGGAAUCAAGUAAUGUGGUAAACCAUUCUAUUGAGGCUAAACCUAAUUUAGUUAAAGAAUUGGGGAAAGUAGGUGUAGGUGGUGAAGAGAAAGAAGGUAAUAAAGGUUCUAAUACGGUAGAUGAUUUGAUUGACGAUAGAGUGGGGACCGGUAAGCUGUUAGUGUCGGGUGAUGUGUUCGCGUUUGAAAAUGUGAAUCGAGAAUCGACAGCAGGUUGGGAGCAUGGGACUGCCAGUUGUUCGGGUGUUAAGGAGGUGCAGUGGAGUGCUUUUAAUGCUGAGCCAUUAGAUAAUAGUGGUAACGUUUUUGGAUCAGACUCGGAUUUUUUUACUGAAUUUGAUGGUAAUUUGGUUGACCCAGCUGGGGAAGCGGAUAACUUUGUUAACAGUGUAGUGAAUUUGGUGAGUAAUUCGUCGCAUGGUGGGAGUGUAAUAGAUUAUUCGCAUCAGUUUCAAGAGGGUCAAGGUUAUACGACAUCUAUGAGACAAGGUACGGAUGGUCAAGAUGUUGAUAGUAGUCAGUAUUGGGAGAAUCCAUACCCAGGAUGGAACUCAUGGAAGUAUGAUGCAAAUACGGGACAAUGGUAUCAUGACGAUGGUUAUAAUGCAGCAUCAAAUGCGCAAAUGGUGGAUAAUUCAAUUUGUGCAUCUGAUUGGGCUGUUUCCAAUGUGAAUACAGAGGUUACUUAUUCACAGCAAACUGGUCCAUCUUUUGUAGGAGAAAAAUUAACAAAUGAAGGUUUAAUGAGUUGGAAUCCAAACUCACAAAUGAGUCACACUAACAACAGUUCAUCAAACUGGUGUCAAAUAUCACAAGGAAAUAGUAACGUAUAUCCUCCACAUUUUUAUUUUGAUCCUAAAUAUCCCGGUUGGUAUUAUGACCUGAAUAUCCAAGAAUGGCGUUCUUUGGAUACAUAUAAUUCUCAACUAACCCAUCACAAUAGUCUUACAGCAAGUAAUAGUUAUUAUGGAAAUGAACAGUUGGAUAAGUGGUCUGGAUCAGACUAUAACUGGAAUGGGAUUAGUAAACAAGGUUGCCAACCUGAUACACUUAAACAACUGCAAUCUUAUAGCACUAAUUUUCACGGUGAUAAUAAUAUUAAUCAAGAGCAGUCUUAUGAUUAUGCGGGAACGGUUGCUUAUCAAUCUAGUCAGGUUCGUACUAUGAGAAGAUCAUCUGUUGGCCAACCAGCUCAUGCAUUGGUUACAUUCGGGUUUGGUGGGAAGCUAAUUGUCAUGACGGAAACAAGUGCUCUCAUAAAGCCAUCCUAUGGAGGCCAGGAUUCUAGCUCUGGGUUGAUAUCCAUUUUUAAUCUGGCGGAAAUUGUCACCGGAGUUGGUGAUGCGUCAAGCAGCAGGACAGGUUUACAUAAUUACUUUCAUACUCUUUGCCACCAGUCGUUUCCAGGAUCACUGGCUAAUGGAAAUGUUGGUAAAGAGUUGAAUAAAUGGCUUGAUGAGAGGAUCACACACCCUACUGACACUGACUACAAGCAAGACCAAGUUUUAAGGCUGCUCCUUUCUUUGCUCAAAAUAGCUUUACAGCACUAUGGGAAAUUGCGUUCUCCUUUUGGCACUGACACCACAUCAAAGGAAAAUGACGCACCUGAUGUAGCUGUUGCUAAACUUUUUGCAUCUGCAAAGAGGAACAGUGCAGCGUAUGGUGAUUAUGGUGGUUUUGCCAACUGCUUGCAGUACUUACCUUCAGAAAGACAAAUUAGGGAAACAGCUGCCGAGGUCCAAACUCUGCUGGUUUCUGGUAGAAAGAUGGAAGCCCUUCAUUGUGCACAAGAGGGUCAAAUUUGGGGGAUUGCCCUUGUUCUUGCAGCACAACUUGGUGAUCAGUUCUAUGCGGAUACUGUUAGUAAGAUGGCUCGUUGCCAGCUUGUAGCAGGUUCACCUUUGCGGACAUUAUGCUUACUUAUUGCUGGUCAGCCUGCGGAUGUGUUUCUAACUGACUCUGUAGCAAAUGAUGCCACUGCUGCUGCUGUAAAUAUGUUUCAGCAGCCUGCACAGGCUCAGCUUGGUGCCAAUGCUAUGCUCGAUGACUGGGAAGAGAAUCUAGCUAUUAUUACUGCUAACAGGACCAGGGAUGAUGAACUAGUGCUUAUUCAUCUCGGAGACUGUUUAUGGAAGGAAACAAGUAAUAUUCUUGCGGCACACAUUUGCUACUUGGUUGCAGAAGCAAACUUUGAGCCAUAUUCAGAUAGUGCUAGACUGUGUCUCAUUGGUGCAGACCACAUGAAAUAUCCCCGCACAUAUGCCUCACCAGAAGCCAUUCAGAGGACAGAGGUGUAUGAAUAUUCAAAACUUCUGGGGAACUCUCAGUUUACAUUGCUACCAUUCCAACCUUAUAAGCUUAUAUAUGCCAGUAUGUUGGCUGAAGUAGGAAAACUAUCUGACUCAUUGAAGUAUUGUCAAUUGAUAUUAAGAUCGUUGAAAACUGGUCGCUCCCCUGAAGUAGAAACAUGGAGACAUCUGGUUACAUCCUUAGAGGAUAGGAUAAAAACUCACCAACAGGGUGGUUUUUCUACAAAUUUAGCUCCUAAGCUAGUUGGAAAAAUUCUCAACCUUUUUGACACUAACCGGAACCUUUUUGACACUAAUCGGAAUAAUAGACCACCACUCGCCCCAUCAAAUUCUGCUUCUGUUGCACAAAAUGACCAUUAUCAUCAAACCACACCUCCCCGGGUAUCUACUAGUCAGUCAACAAUGGCAAUGUCUUCAUUGGUUCCAUCUGCAUCUAUGGAGCCCAUCAGCCAGAAGUCUGCAGAGGGAAACAGUAGAAGAAUCAUGCAUAACAGAAGCGUUUCCGAGCCUGAUUUUGGUCGAUCUCCUAGGCAGAAUCAGGUGGAUUCUACAAAGGAGAACCCUCCAGAUUCACAAAGUAAAGUAUCUACUUCACGUUUUAGACGUUUUGGUUUUGGCUCACAGCUCUUCCAAAAGACAGUUGGUCUAGUUCUAAAACCUCGCCAGGACAAACAGGCAAAAUUGGGGGAGACAAAUAAAUUUUAUUAUGAUGAUAAACUUAAAAGAUGGGUAGAGGAAGGUGUUGAUCCACAAGCAGAGGAGGCAUCACUUCCUCCACCACCCACAAUGGCAACUUUUCAGAAUGGAACACCGGAUCAUGGAUCAAAAGGUGAUGCAAAGAGUGAAGGGACUCUUAACAAUGGAGUUGCAGAAUUUUCAAGCUCGAAAAGUUCAGGAAUUCCACCAAUUCCAGCCACCUCAAACCAAUUCUCAGCGCGCGGAAGGAUGGGGGUUCGUGCAAGGUAUGUUGAUACUUUCAACCAAGGUGGGGGGAACCCAACCAAGUUGUUCCAGUCGGCAUCUGCAACUUCCGUCAAACCAAUCGCAAAAUCAAAUCCAAAAUUCUUCGUUCCAAUGGCCGUAACCUCGGCUGAACAACCGGCUGACACUCUCAGAGAAAACAUACAACAACAAACUACAACUGCUGAUGAUAAUUAUUCACCAACUUCGGUGCAUAACCCGUUCCAACCUCCUUCAUAUCAAUCUUCCAUGCAAAGAUUUGCAAGCAUGAAUGAUAUCUCAAAAGGGGGAGUACCAUCCUUCACGAGUGCAUCCAGCUCACCUCACUCAAGAAGAACAGCAUCAUGGGGUGGAAGUACUGAUGAAUGUUUUUCUGUUUCUAGUAGCGGAAUGAAACCAAGAGGAGGGACGUUAGGUAUGCCUCAAAAUUCGUUCAUCCCAAGUGAACCAGCGGUUGAUCAAACGACCAAUGGUGAUGGUUUUUGCGACGAUCUUCAUGAGGUUGAAUUCUAACAACUAAAUGGUAAAUCCAAUUGGUGUGUAAUUGUGGUAAAAAGAAGUGUGGUUAUUUGUAGAAAGGAUGGUUGAGGGUUACAAUUGUACAGUUUCAUUUUUUUGUUUAUUGACGCAGUUUGCCUCCCUUGAAUAUGUUGAUGAUAAGUUGAUUUUGGGAGGUUGAGAUGUAUAUGGUGUACUGAAUGUACAAAUAAUGUGAUAGAUUUUGAUCUCAUACUUAAUACAUGCAAAUGAUAGCUCUUAUUUGUUGAA